AUGGACCUGAAGUAUAUCAUCCGAAACCGGUUUAGCGCCCCACACUCAAAUAAUCUGAAGCCCGAGCUCAACAUCAGCACCAUCACCAUACACUUCAACAACCUCCGACCUCCCCCGCAGUCCAAUCCAGAAAAGGAUCCAAUUCCCACGACUCUACGACCAUAUCAGUUACCUACAGAGGAAACCACCGCCAAGAUGGUCGACAUCCUCCCGCUCUCCUCGUACCCCUCCUACAUCGACCUCCUCCCCGCAAUCCAAACCUGCAACAUCACCAACCUCCCCGAAAACUACUUCCUCAAGUACUACCUGUACCACGCCCUGACCUGGCCACAGCUGAGCUUCGUCGCCGUCGUGCGGCCCCGCAAUGGGUACAAGGCCGGGAACACGGUUGCAGGGGAGUACCCGAAGGUCGUCGGGUACGUGCUCGCGAAAAUGGAGGAGGAGCCGACGGAUGGCGUGCAGCAUGGCCAUAUUACGAGUUUGAGUGUUAUGAGGACGCAUAGACGGUUGGGGAUUGCCGAGAGGUUGAUGCGGAUGUCGCAACGAGCAAUGGCCGAAUGCCACCGCGCCCAAUUCGUCUCUCUGCACGUGCGUGUCUCUAACGUAGCCGCCCUCCACCUCUACCGCGACACGCUCGGCUUCCAGGUCGACAGCGUCGAGAGCAGCUACUACGCCGACGGCGAAGACGCGUACGCGAUGCGCAUGGAUUUGUCGAAUAUGUGGCUUGACUGGGCGGAGAUUGAGCGCAAGGACCGGGAGCGCCAGGCGAGCGACGAGAAGGAUGCGGACGAGGGGGAUGAGGUUGGCGAGGUUGGGAAGAAAGAAGAGAAUGAGAAAGAGAAGGAGAAGAUGGUGCGCGUCAAGGUUGGGCGCAGUCUGGGAGUUGGAGACUUGGUGGAGAGGAACGAGGCGCAGGCGAGUUCAUGA